AUGUUGUACCUGCAGGAACAUUUUUGGAAGAAUGUGGAAACAGUAUGGAAGGAAUUUAGACACUUUAUGGAGAGAAUGCAGGACGGUGGGCUAGCGGGUACAAUGUGUGAAUCGGCACAGGGGGACCAGGAAGCGGACGGACACAUAUGGACUGGUGAGGAUCUGGGUAUAUGCGAGUUAACAAUUACAGCAUUACAUUUUAAACAUGGAAUUGAAUUAGCAGGAGCCCCCCCACGGGCCGCUUACACGGACGAAGAGACCAAGCACAUAGAUCUCUAUAUGAGAUGUAUUUUAGUAAAUAUAUUUAUGAAGAAAAUCAUGGGCAUGAAGUGUUUAGCACGGCCUGGUGGUCAGUUUGCAUUCGGUCUUGUGCAUGACGAAGUAAAGGGAGUUCUCAAACAAGAGGUAGGUAAUGUGGAGUGUGAGUGGAAGGAUGCAGGGAUAGGUGGCGACGGAACUGGAAGAGAUGCAACGGAUAGAGAUCUGUGGGAAGUAAUGACCAGAUGGAAUGAAAACAAUAGACAGAACACAGGGGAUGGGCAAUGGGGAGUAUUAGGACAAGGAUGUAAGGUGGAGAAGAAAGGAACAGCGAAAGUAGGGGAUGGCGACACAAGGCAGGCGUUAAAGGAGAAAGUCCAGGAAGAAAUAAAGAAUGUGGAGGAGGAUAUAAAAGUGAAAGUGUCGACAAUAUUAACGGGAAUACGAGUUUGUAGUCAUGGGGAUGACAAUUGUGUAAAGAACUUAUUACAGAAAAAGCAGCAGGAAGAAAAGAAUCAGCAGGACUCCUCCUCUAAAACUGCGGAAGGAAACGGACAGUCCAGACCGUCGGGGGCACAGGCAUCAUCACCUUCACUUCCUGCGAGGCCACCACCUCCGCCACCAAGGAGACCAUCAACACCACGGCAAAUUUCUGGGGGGCCAGGAAGGGGUGGAUCUGAAGGAGGAGCACGAGUUGGAGGCGGCAAGGGUCCCGUAUUAGGACCACCAUCAACAUCAUCAUCACAGCCAGGCAAGUCAGACUCAGAAAUACGGUCACCUGCCGCAGCCGUACCCGCCCCCGCCGACAACCACACACCAGCCAAACCAGUAGCGGCGAAACCGGCACCGGCAACGAAGACGGCACAACCAGGAGCAGGAGAGGAUUGUCCAUGGAUGAGCAUAGACCACCACAAGAGAAGGCCAGUACACGUGCUGCAGUAUUAUGAUAGUGCAGAACUCAAGGCUUUGAAGGCCGUGUUGCAGGCCUUUAUUGAUUAUAUGCAGCAGAACACGGACAAGAUGGAUGCAUACGGUGCCAACUGUGAUAAUUCUGGUUGGGAUGAUUUCGGCCACGGGACAGACUAUCAUACGGGGCAAACGGUAGCAGACGUAAUACGAUGCCGGCUCAUGACCCUUGCUUUGUUCUUCGCGAACCAGGAGGGAAAACAUGGCAAUAGUGAGAAAGCACAGAAAACGGAUGACGAUAAAUUGUACGAAAAGUUCAGGUGUGAGGUAGCGAAUGUAUUUGGAUACAUGCUGCAGAAUCAGUAUUGUAAAAAGGAAGGAUGGAAGAGGGGUGUAGAGUACGCUUGGAAAACACUCAAGAAAAUGCACAAGGACAAGCAUGGUAACAUACUAUUUUCUGGUCCUGUUAUGCAUGGAACAUGCAAACAAUGUGGUUACGUAGGUAGUAUGACGAAGCCGGGCAUAAUAAAUGGGCACAUAGCAGAAUGGUUCGUAACGGAAGGAAUAAUGGGCGAAAUAGCACACAUAGAGCAACAGCUGCCAUGUCAUAAAGAUUGGAAGAAGUAUAAAACGCAGAAGGGUGGUACUGAUAAUACGGUUAUAGAAAACGACAAAAUACCGGAAGUGACGACAAUGGAGAAGACAGUGCUAGAAGACACGGAGAAGGCCAUUGAGAAGGCAAAGGCCCAAGUGGACGCAGCAAUUGCAACGGACAAAAAACCGGCAGAAGGAGGAGGAGGAGACCAGAAAGGGGAGAAGCCGUCGGCACCGUCACCAUUACCAGAAGGAGCAUCUGGGGUAGCAACAGGAACACCUUCCGGACAACCACGAUCAGAUUCCUCGGCAGGGGACGCACAGCCGGCCGCAGGGGCAGCCGCCGCAGGACCAGGAGCUGGACAACCACCCCAAGCUACUCCACCAGCACCCGCCGGACCCUCGCCACCAGGACCACCAGGAGCAUCUGCCGGUACAGGAAGUACAAGUACUGGAAUAGGUGCAGCUACUGGCACUACCGGGAAUGCAGCAACCGGGGAAAACAACACACCCACAUCAAGUAACACAGGUAAGGAAUCUGUGCAUGAGCAGGAUGAACCGACUAAUGUGAAGUUGCCAGGAAGUUUUGGAUCCAUAAGUGUCGUUUUCUCAACUACUUAUAACAGUGGAGCACCCUCCCAGGAGCACAUGGAGCGAUACGAAAACACCACAGAUCCACAAUCAACAGGUAAUGAAGGAUCAGGAACUGCGACCACACAGGACCCAGAGGCUGCUAGUGAACCCACCGGUGUGGCGACUGUUGAAGGCACCACAGAUGCCACCAAAAAGGCAAAAGUUUCAGUCCAGGACACAGCGAAAGACCCAGGUCACACAGCACCAUCUACACAUAAGGAGAAUCAGAGCGUAAACGGAGACCCAGCAACUGUCGCUAUUCCUCCAGACUCCUCUGCAACAGAAGAGACGACUCCAGCAGCUACGACUAAACUGGGCACACCCUCGUCACCCGGAGGUAAUGAGGACCCGCCUCCUCUCAAUCCACCCAAACCUACAGCGAACGCCGACAAUACGGACCAGAAGACAGCGCAGAAACCAGAUCCAUCGAGCCUCCCCUGCGGUCUCCCUGACCCUGAUCCUUUCAGCAGCUUCGCCGGUGGCACAUCUUCCUGUGGACAAGGCAACGCUGCUGCCCGUGAUCGGAGUACUACAUACGCAGGUACUGAUGCUAACAGUUCCAGAACCCGUGGGGGUUGCGACAGUGGACGCAGAAACUUAGCCAUUACUCCUAGAUCACAGAAUGAUCUUAAGUCGGAUUCAGGGAACCCUAACGAAUUCCGCUUUGACCCAACGAACAUAACUCCACCAGGUAUAGGGAAUGUAGCAGGUGGCAUAGCACCUCCAACACUGGACGAAAAAAAGUAUCAUUCAGUACCUGACAACCGGGGUGAGAAGCCCGGUGACUAUGCUGUUCCUGACCUAACCGCCGACGUCUUUACCGCCACUACUCCCGUACUGUUCUUCCUGUCCGCCGUCACCCUCGCCCUUCUGGGUUAUUCCCUUUGGAAGGUAACUGCACACAACACGCAAGGUCACACACAAACGCACGACGCACAACGCACAAGCACGCACAAAUAUAACCGAGUGGAAAAAUGGAACAACAACCGUUGCCAUUCGGCUUCCACUGUUUCGUCCCAUGUUCCAAAAAGGAACUAUAACCAACAUUACACUAUUUGGAAGUUACUCCAACAAGAAAAAACAAGCAAUACUAAAUUUUAG